ACAAUUCGACCCACAUAAUCCUCGCUCGAGUUGUUGCUGCCGGUGACACUUGAUGGACCGUCUCAGACCCGCUACUCUCGCUGCUGUACUGGCAUAGCUGCAACAUCUUGUUCGAGACCCGAGACGCGUUCAAUGUGCCUCGCUUGACCGACGGGCGAUCACGGACGAGUCGGAAUUCGUCAUAGCAUCUUUCCACGAACAAGCAAGCAGCAAUGUCGACAUCUACACCGGUCUACACCAUCAGCGCUACAGAAAAGCAAGCCCUUGGCAAACGCAAGGCGGACGAGAUCGAGGCCAAUCGCGAAGAGGCGAGAGCCAGGUUCGAAGCGGACUAUGGCCGGCUGUUGGACUUCAACAUCGCCGCAGAUGAGGCCGAGGUGAGCGUGCGUUGCGUCUCGACAGCGUUGCCGCAAUUAACAACUCUGCAGCACGCCCUAGAAGGGAUACUUCUUGAUCUCACGGAUGAAGAGCGCAGUGAUCUUGCAGAGAUUGAUGGAACGCGGGACGAUUCGACAAACGACGAAGCGGUUGACGAGCAGCAAGGCAAUCUACCAAGCGGCGAUGGAUCGCCAGUAAGACUUGCUGACCAAGUCCGGUCUGACCUGCACGAGCUACAACUCAAGCAUGGUGAUACUCCUGGCGUUGUGGUGUUGAUUGAACGUGGGCUCGAAAGGGUUAGGGCGGCAUGGUUUGGACUUCUUGAAGCGAACUUCGCGCUUCCAGAGGUACACCGCAAGGUCAUCCAGAAGAGCGAGCUGGUGAAUAUUGCUGCAUCAACCAUCCAGCGCGCCACCGAAGACUCGACUAAGAUUGUCCGAAUGGACGGUGACAAGCUAAAGCAGGUCAGCGGCGACCUGAAGUUGUUUCUAGCCACAUCAUUGGCCAACCAGGAGCGGACGAAGCGCUCUCUAGCCGGGUCGCCAGAGGCUGAGAGUGAGGUGCUCCAAAGCAUGGCCGGCGAAAAUUCGUUCGGCGAAGUGCUGAAGGGUAUUGGGAUAGCAUUGCAGGACCUGCGCCAGUGUCUGACCGAAUGGGAUCUCACUUCAACCAAGCCCGAAGCACACGCGUCAAAAACACCCACCGCGUCGAACAAAAGUGCCCAUCAUGCUUUGCUGGGGAGCGGAUACCUCAGUGUUGCGAAUCCAGGACCACUGCAGAUUGGUGAGGCUGUGUUUGCGCUCACACAGUCCGCCAAUACGCUAUCACCCAUCACUAAGCCGAAUGCGACGCGUUCCAAGCUCGAUCUCUCCGUGCCUAUGUCUAGCAGCCCCCAUGUCAAAAAGGGUGGCGAUUAUCUGGGUCGCGUAGACGGAUUCAAAGGCCACAAGAAGCCGGGCACCCAGCGCGACCGCUUUGCCACACCUGCGCCGAUCCUCGCUCGAAGCCCUGUUGUUCCCCACGCGGCUGGAGACACAGCUGACGAGCAUGUUACGAGCACUCCCUCUGCAGACACAUCGGAGCUCGGUGUAGCCCAACCAGCGUCUGUAUCGCAGCAGAACGUCAAAGCGGCGAACAGCCGUAAGAACCGUGCUCCAACAAAGAAGACCAAAGCUGAAGGGCGUAAGGGCGGUAGCCUGGCGAAAUGGGGUGCCGCGGAGGAGCUGUACGUGGCGGAGCAGUGGUUCGGCGAUGAUCUCAUGAUCGACAAGGCGAAGACGCAUCCGUCGAAUGGCAACUUCGUCGGUACUAAGGCACGCGCAGAUGCCCACAAUCAGUGGAUCGUCGGUCAGGGUGGCGACUUGUCCACAUGGUGGCGUACGUGGCCGGCGAUGGAGCAGAGAAUGGAGCAUUGCCGCAAGAAUCGCGAAACGCUAUCUUCCCUUCGAGCAAAGGCAGGCCGUGAAGCCAGGACAAAUACCGUCGAGGAUAGCAUGGACGUCGACGACGAGAUUGCUUAUGGUGAUGAGGACGGUGGCACCUCAACUUCCGUUUACGCAAAGGACGCGAGCGCAGGUGAAGCCCGCAGCACAGUUCUUUUCGAUGCAGAAAUCUACAACUUAGCAAUGUCCGGUACAGCACCCUCCAAUAUGGGCGAGUCGAAGGACCGCCAGGAGAACACCACGGAGGGAAACUCUAGCGUAGAGUCGGCGAAGGCCAAGGUUGCAGACCCGAAGGAUGACAGUGAGAAGCUUUGAGCUCAAAUGCCAAGCCGUCGGUGGCGUGGACUGGCAGGACGAUAUUGUAGGCUCCUCAUAUAUUACGCUGGUUGCUUUGUAGGUAUGCUUGCAAUCCCGUGCGUAAGGUCUU